AUGCCGCCCCCGGAGAACAGCCGAGGCCCGGCGGCCCGGGCGCCCUCGAGCCGCGCUCGGGGCCGUCUGCCCGGACUGCCGUCGCCGGCGCUGUUCUGCGCCUGCGGCCUGUGCGUGCUGCUGGCGGGAGUGAACGUGACGCUGGUGGGCGCCUUCGCCUCCUUCCCGCCCCGGAGCAACGCGCCGCUCGUGGUGGGGCCGGCGCUGCUGGCGCUGGCGCUUGGCUGCUUCGCCGUCUGCUGCGCGUGUAGCCGCCGGGGCCCCGCGCCCGGUCCGCGCUCGGCUGCGGCCUGGGGCCCGGGCCGGGGCGGCGGCGGCGGGCCGGUGGCGCUGGAGAUGGAGAGCAGCGAGCGCACGGCGCAGGACACCACGGCCGUGCAGCUCAGCCCUGCCGCCUCGGCCGCGUCCUCGGGCCGCUCCAGCCCCGGCCCCUUCGCCCUGGACGCCCCCGCGCCCGCAGCCGUCUACGUGCCGCGCUCCGAAGGAGUCCAGCUCAACCUGCCCCGGGAGCGCGUCGCCCCCUAG